AAAGGCUUUUUCCCCGGAGUGGCCAGACGGGCUGGGGGACACAGGAUGGAAGAGCUAAUAGGAGUAUCUAACGGGACAUGCGGACGGGCUGAUUUCUUCUAAUAUUUCAAGUGCUGUUUGUGUCGGUGUGAGACCUCGCCAUGCCGUUGGUGAAGAGGAACAUCGAGCCUCGUCACCUCUGCCGAGGGGAGCUCCCCGAGGGCAUUGGCAGUGAGCUGGAGUGUGUGAUGAACAACACGCUCUCUGCCAUCAUCCGUCAGCUCAGCAGCCUGAGUAAACAUGCGGAAGACAUAUUUGGCGAGCUGUUUAACGAGGCCAACACCUUUUAUCUGCGUGCCAACUCUCUGCAGGACCGCAUUGACCGGCUGGCCGUCAAGGUCACACAGCUGGACUCCACCGUAGAAGAAGUUUCCCUACAAGACAUCAACAUGAGGAAAGCCUUCAAAAGCUCCACCAUCCAGGACCAGCAGGUGGUGUCCAAGAACAGCGUGCCCAAUCCUGUGCGAGAGAUGUACAAUCUGAGUGACAAGCCUCCGCCACUCAACAUCCUCUCAACUUACAGGGAUGACCACAAGGAAGCACUUAAGUUCUACACCGAUCCCUCCUACUUCUUCGACCUGUGGAAGGAAAAGAUGCUGCAGGACACGGAGGAUAAGAGGAAAGAGAAGAGGAAGCAGAAGGAGCAGAGGCGUUGUGUGGAUGGGACGUUACAGAGAGAGGUGAAGAAGGUCCGAAAGGCGAGGAACCGUCGGCAGGAGUGGAACAUGCUUGCUCUGGAUAAAGAGCUGAGGCCAGACCAUCGACACACCAUACACCGAGACAGAGGAGCUUCCUCUGAGGGCUCAAUGUCACCAGAGAACAGGGGUCCCGGUCCUGAUCAGCACCACUACCCCAACUCCAUGAACCAUGCCGGCCACGCCCACACCUACUCCGGCCCACCGCCCAGCAUCCUGGCUGCUCAGAUGGCUGCAGGGCACGGCCCCCGUGGAGGAGGUGAACAUGACAGUAGAGGCAGGAGUAUGAUGGCCUAUCAGGGUGGGACACUGGGCCGUUCUCACCACCACCAAGUCCCACUGCCUCCUCCACCCACUGAGGCUAUGAACGGUGGCUCAAUGUCCCUUCCACCAAUGGACUACAGUAUGGAUGGCUAUGCCAACACUGGUCCCCCUCCCCCGCCUCCAGCCCCUCUCAUCCCUUCUGCUCAAACUGCCUUUGCCUCACCACCCGGAGGUCCGAUGCCUCCUGGACCAAUGGGCGGCGCUGGUGGCUACGCUCCGCCUCCGCCACCUGUAUCAGGAGCCCAUGCAGCUCCCCCUCCCCCUGGUCCUCCACCUCCUCCCCUUCCAGCUGGUGUCUCCCACUUCACAGUCCACAAGAUGUCCUCCUCUGCCCCCGCUGAGACCACAGUGGUCAAUGAUGCCCGCAGUGAUCUGCUGGCUGCUAUACGUAUGGGCAUCCAGUUGAAGAAGGUGCAGGAGCAGCAGGAGCAGCAGGCUAAGAGGGAGCCGGUUGGAAAUGACGUGGCCACCAUCCUGUCGCGACGCAUCGCUGUGGAAUACUCCGACUCUGAGGACGACUCCGAGUUGGAGGAGAACGAUUGGUCGGAUUAACAUACAUUAAAAAAAACAAAACACUGAAGAUACACACACACACACACACACACACACACACAAACACACAAACACACACACACACACAAUCAGUCGAUCUCACACUCACUUGAAAGAAUGCCCACUGUACCACACGCACGGGUUGUCACACACUUUGUUGCUGAAAAACACACCACACCUACACACAAUCACAUGCUGUAGGUUGAUAUAAGCUGAAUGGUUCAAAACUGGAAAUCUGGGGGUGUAUUCAAGAUGCAUAAACACUGUAAAGACACAAGUAAUAUGCUGUAACUGACCACUAUCUGAAACAUUAACACUCAGUUAAUAUAUAUAUAUAUAUUUCAAAGCAUUGUGAAUACACCCCAGUGGCUGUUUAUCUACCUGUUAUAACACUAUGGACACCCUGUGAAGGUGCAUAUUUCAUGUAUAGUCGCAGGAGAGUGUUAGAAAAGUUAGAAACUUUCCUCUCGAAGCUAACCAAUGUACUUUGUCUUUUUUUAUGUUUUUACUGAAACACUUGCUUAUGCCAUAGACCAUGAGGCAAGUUUUUAACCACCGUAAGUGAAAGAGUAACGGAUGAGCUCAGUGGAAGCUGCAGUCGUUGAUAAUGUAUUCAGGCCGAUGAGAGAGCGAAUGGAGAGAGCCUUUUAAAAAUGCUGUGUUAAAGAUGGAUGAGAGGGCGAUGUGUAAAAAGAAUUAUUGAUCAUAAAUAUGAGAAUUGAUUGAGCCAUCUGCGUCUGCAAUCAAUCACUGCUGUGUGGGAGGGAAGGGGGGGGGGUCACGUAUAUGAUAGUGUGAGCUGUGUAACCUUUGACCCAGAGAAAAAUAAAACAAUGAAUGAAAGAUCAUGGCUGGGCUGCCAUAUCUCUUUGCUGUUCCACUGUCGUCAUAGAGACAACACAUACCUGGCUUUAAGACUUCAGUUUCCAUGGUAACAUUACAGCUAAGAAGAGGGUUGCCAGGGAAACAGGAGGGUGCGAAGAAGGGGGGGGGCACAGAGCCAGGGCAAGAAUGAACAAAUUAGUCAAGGCAGGAGUUUUAUGCACAGCACAUGUUUGUUUUUAAUACAAAAUUAACAAGAUCUCUCAAUUGAGUGAACUAACCAAAGCAAUAAAAAGUACAACUAACACCUUGGAAAAAUAGACACCACGUUCACACAAAUGUUUUUACAAUAUCUCAGUUAAGUUAGUGCAUGUUGAUUAUCGUUUAUACGUUUCAUUUUGCAGAUACUUAAUUUGUUGUGCCAUUUUCAUCCAAAAAAUAAAGUGCAUUUCACAUUGAAAACUAUG